AUGCCAGUUUGCUCUCUUUUUCUUUGCUUUGUGUUUUGCGCCAUUUUUUAUGUUGGUGCGUCCUCAUACGAAGCGAUAGGCAUUUACUUUGGCACCAUUCUGAUGAAUGUUGUUUUCAGCCUGGUGCGCGCUGAGCUGAACAGUAGUGUCAUCGCUUUACUGGUGGUUGUGUUUCUUCUUUGCAUGUUUUACUGCCUCCGCCGUGCGCCUGCUCGGCGGAAGCAUCAUGAUACGAGGAAACCUGCAAUGAGUCCUGUCCAUGUGGCUCAUGACACACCCCGUGUGAAGCAGUUGAUGGGGAAGUAUGAGUUUACAGUAAGAGUGCGGGCAUGCGAUGCGAUGCUGCGCCGUCUCCCUCCUGAGGUAUGCUUUCGACUCCGCCUGUACCUCUCAUUGAUCCUCAGCAUCGUGUCGUGGAACCCUCGGCAAGUGGUAACGGUGAUUUACCGCGGGUUGGAUGUUGUGCGCAUUUGGAAUGCGAGAUGUUACACGGAGCGUACCGCAGCAAUUUGCAUUCGCAAUUGGAAGCACACAUCCCUUUCAGGGGAUGCGGUUCCCAGUCACACGACGGGGAAAAGAGGCGGCUGGACCUCAGCACAAGCAGUUAUUGCUAUUUGGCUGGAUUGA